AUGUCGGGCGCUUCCAGACGCGCAAACGGCCACGGCGACGAGCGGCCGCGCAUGACCAGCAGCAAUGUAGGGGGAUACAGCAGCAAGCACGAACGCUCAGAAGGAGGACGGAACGCCCCCCCGUCAUCGCUCUCGGGCGGCUUCCAAGCGAGCCUGGGGCAUAAGCGCUCCGCCUCGGGGAAUCCGCGCCCUAUUAGCAUGGCCGCUGUCGAGGAGAGGCGCUACGAGGAGCGCAAGGUCACGGAGCGCACUUACGAGGCACAGGUAGAGCGCGUCGUGCCGCGCACAGCCAGCCCCGAAAAGAUUCAGCGCCGCAGCGCGCCGGGCGAGCGCAAGCCGGCAGACGUUCCUAGGCAGAAGUCUGCGGAGUGGCGGCCCAGAGACUCGAAAUCGGACGCGGCUCAAGUACCAUGGAAUCCCGAGGUUACGUUGCGCCCUCAUACGACAGCACCUCUGGCCUCGCGAGUAUCGAUCCCGCCGCUCGCUUCCACGGUGCCCAAUGCCCCGCAACCGAUACCCCUGGCUGAACUGUCACUUGAUAUCCAAGAGGCGGUCAUUGUGGAGGAUUUAUUAUUCGCCUUCAUGGGCUACGAAGGACAAUAUAUUCGAUUUGCCAAGGGCUACGACCCGACAGAGGAACGAGAUCGGCUCUCUGGCCCCAGUUUCCGCAUAUUGCCCGGUCUUGACCCGAGCUUACACGACCUGGCGACUUCGAUGCUGAAGAUGGCGACGUAUUACUCUGCUCUCGAAACCUUUGUUGACGUCCAGAGUCGUGAAGAAUUCGGCGCCGUCAACCACGCGCUCUGCGCUGCUGUCCGGAAAUACCUCCAAGACUACAUCAUCAUGAUUGCUGAACUGGAGACACAAUUUCUCACCAGCGACACAUUCACGGUGCAUGUGCUCAAUAUCCAUACCCUUCCAACUAGCCAUUUAAUGCUUCAACUAUAUACACUAGCCCAAAAGCUACUACAGAAGAACGGCCUACUCGACGAUGAGAGCGACGACGAGGACGACGACAGCGUGGAAGACUAUGAUAGAGUCAUUGAGCGUUUGACGGAAGGCGGCGACCUGAUGCCCGGCAACAUGUCGGCCAAGAAGCUCUGCAAAGGCGGUGUUGUGCUGGGCUUGGUGACACAACGCCUUGAGUCUAUGGCUGGCGACCCCGCGGCGCGAACGCUUCUCACAUCGCUGCUCCGCGACGCCAGCAAGCCCUACAUGAGCAUGCUCAACGAGUGGCUGCACCAUGGCGCUAUCCGCGACCCGCACUCCGAGUUCCUGAUCAAGGAGCAAAAGAGCAUCAAGCGCGAGCGGCUGGAGCAAGACUACACCGACGAGUACUGGGAGCGCCGGUACACGAUUCGCGACAAGGACGUGCCGCCGCAGCUUGAGGGCGUCAAGGCCAAGGUGCUGCUGGCCGGCAAAUACCUUAACGUCGUGCGCGAAUGCGGCGGCGUCGACGUGAGCAAGGUGGUGUCCGACGUGCCGACAACGUUUGACGAUAGCCGGUUCCUGGAAAACGUAAACGGCGCGUACGCGCACGCCAACGCGGCCCUCAUGCGGCUGCUCCUCACGACACACGCCCUGCCCGCGCGCCUGCGCUCGCUCAAGCACUACUUCUUCCUCAACCCGUCCGACUACUUCUCGCACUUUAUGGAGCUCGGCCACCCGGAGCUGCGCAAACCCGUGCGCGCCGUCAACGCUGGCAAGCUACAGUACCUGCUCGACCUAAUCCUGCGGCAGCCCGGAAGCGUUGUCUCCCUCGACCCCUUCAAGGAGGACGUCAGCGUCGAGAUGAAUGAGGUGACGCUCAUCAAGUCGCUGCAGCGCGUCGUCAACAUUACCGGCAUCGAGCAGGGCGAGGCCCUACCGGCGCUACUGGCGAGCAGCACGGUGGAGACGGACAAGAAUGCGACCGGCUACACGUCGCUGCAGUUUGACUAUGCCGUGCCUUUUCCCGUGUCGCUCGUCGUCAGCCGCAAGACCGUCUGGCGCUACCAAGCCCUCUUCCGCUACCUCUUCUCCCUGCGCUACCUCGAGUCGCAGCUGUCGUCGGCCUGGCACGUCCACACCCGCGGCGUCGGCUGGGCGCACCGCAGCUCCAGCCGCGAGCUCGAGCGCUGGAAACGCCGCGUCUGGACGCUCCGCGCCCGCAUGCUCACCUGGGUGCAACAGUUGCUAUAUUUUUGCACCGCUGAAGUCAUUGAGCCCAACUGGUCCAAGUUUAUGUCGCGCCUCGAUGAAGGUGGAAGUGGCGCGGGGGCGUCGGGACCGAGCCGGACAGUCGACGAGCUCAUGAAGGACCACGUCGAUUUCCUCGACACGUCUCUCAAGGAAUGCAUGCUGACUAACAGCAAACUCCUCAAGAUCCACGCCAAGCUGAUGCUGACAUGCACCAUGUUUGCCAACUACACCAAGUUCCUAACCCAGGAGCUCGACAAGAUUGAUCCGGACCUCACCGGCGGCACCAAGCCUCCCGGAAUGACCAGCGCGCACUGGCGCCGCUUCCAGGCGGACCGCGCCGCCGCCGCCGCCAACCGCAAAGACGGCGCGAGCGCGGAUGCUUCGGCCGUGCUAUCGGCCGACGACGCCGAGGCGCGCUUCCGCAACCUCAACGACCUGAUCCGCAAGUGGGAGUUUAAUUUUGGCCGCCAUCUCCAGAUUUUACUCGACGCGCUCAACCACUACGCGGCGACGGAGACGGUGGUGCUGCUGAGCCUGUGCGCGCGCCUGAGCACCGUAAACCAGGGUACCGAGUUCACGGGGCUCAAGGCGGACGAGGACUCUAUGGCGAUGUGA